CCGCGCGCCGCCUGCCCAGCCCGGGAGCCCGAACGGAGCCGCGGAGCCGAGACGGCGGCGGCGCCCGUAGGAUGCGGGGAUCGCUCCCCCGGGGCCACUGAGCCUGCGCCCAGUGCCCCGAGCCCCGCGCCGAGCCGAGUCCGCGCCGAGCAGCAGCCGCCCACCCCGGGGCCGGGCCGGGGGACCAGCAGCUUCCCCGCAGGCAACGUGAGGAGAGCCUGUGCCCAGAAGCAGGAUGAGAAGAUGGCAAACUUCCUAUUACCUCGGGGCACCAGCAGCUUCCGCAGGUUCACACGGGAGUCCCUGGCAGCCAUCGAGAAGCGCAUGGCGGAGAAGCAAGCCCGCGGCUCAACCACUUUGCAGGAGAGCCGAGAGGGGCUGCCUGAGGAGGAGGCUCCCCGGCCCCAGCUGGACCUGCAGGCCUCCAAAAAGCUGCCAGAUCUCUAUGGCAAUCCACCCCGAGAGCUCAUCGGAGAGCCCCUGGAGGACCUGGACCCCUUCUAUAGCACCCAAAAGACUUUCAUCGUACUGAAUAAAGGCAAGACCAUCUUCCGGUUCAGUGCCACCAACGCCUUGUAUGUCCUCAGUCCCUUCCACCCCAUCCGGAGAGCGGCUGUGAAGAUUCUGGUUCACUCGCUCUUCAGCAUGCUCAUCAUGUGUACCAUCCUCACCAACUGCGUGUUCAUGGCCCAGCACGACCCUCCACCCUGGACCAAGUAUGUCGAGUACACCUUCACCGCCAUUUACACCUUUGAGUCUCUGGUCAAGAUUCUGGCUCGAGGCUUCUGCCUGCAUGCGUUCACCUUCCUUCGGGACCCAUGGAACUGGCUGGACUUCAGUGUGAUUGUCAUGGCGUAUGUAUCAGAAAAUAUAAAACUAGGCAAUUUGUCGGCUCUUCGAACUUUCAGAGUCCUGAGAGCUCUAAAAACUAUUUCAGUUAUCCCAGGGCUGAAGACCAUCGUGGGGGCCCUGAUUCAGUCUGUGAAGAAGCUGGCUGAUGUGAUGGUCCUCACGGUCUUCUGCCUCAGUGUCUUUGCCCUCAUCGGCCUGCAGCUCUUCAUGGGCAACCUAAGGCACAAGUGCGUGCGCAACUUCACAGCGCUCAAUGGCACCAACGGCUCCGUGGAGGCCGAUGGAUUGGUGUGGGAAUCCCUGGACCUUUACCUCAGUGAUCCAGAAAAUUACCUGCUCAAGAACGGCACCUCCGACGUGUUGCUGUGUGGGAACAGCUCUGACGCUGGGACAUGUCCCGAGGGCUACCGGUGCCUAAAGGCAGGCGAGAACCCUGACCACGGCUACACCAGCUUCGAUUCCUUUGCCUGGGCCUUUCUUGCACUCUUCCGCCUGAUGACGCAGGACUGCUGGGAGCGCCUCUAUCAGCAGACCCUCAGGUCUGCAGGGAAGAUCUACAUGAUCUUCUUCAUGCUUGUCAUCUUCCUGGGGUCCUUCUACCUGGUGAACCUGAUCCUGGCCGUGGUCGCCAUGGCCUAUGAGGAGCAAAACCAAGCCACCAUCGCUGAGACUGAGGAGAAGGAAAAGCGCUUCCAGGAGGCCAUGGAAAUGCUCAAGAAAGAACACGAGGCCCUCACCAUCAGGGGUGUGGAUACCGUGUCCCGUAGCUCCUUGGAGAUGUCCCCUUUGGCCCCAGUAAACAGCCAUGAGAGAAGAAGCAAGAGGAGAAAACAGAUGUCUUCAGGAACUGAGGAGUGUGGGGAGGACAGGCUCCCCAAGUCUGACUCAGAAGAUGGUCCCAGAGCAAUGAAUCAUCUCAGCCUCACCCACAGCCUCAGCAGGACUUCUGUGAAGCCACGUUCCAGCCGCGGGAGCAUUUUCACCUUCCGCCGGCGAGACCUGGGUUCCGAAACAGAUUUUGCAGAUGAUGAAAACAGCACAGCGGGGGACAGCGAGAGCCACCACACAUCACUGCUGGUGCCCUGGCCCCUGCGCCGGACCAGUGCCCAGGGACAGCCCAGUCCUGGAACUUCGACUCCUGGCCACGUCCUCAAUGGCAAAAAGAACAGCACUGUGGACUGCAAUGGAGUGGUCUCCUUACUGGGGGCAGGUGACCCAGAGGCCACAUCCCCAGGAAGCCACCUCCUCCGCCCUGUGAUGCUAGAGCACCCACCAGACACGACCACACCAUCGGAGGAGCCAGGUGGGCCCCAGAUGCUGACCCCCCAGGUUCCAUGUAUAGAUGGCUUCGAGGAGCCAGGAGCACGGCAGCGGGCUCUCAGCGCAGUCAGUGUCCUCACCAGCGCACUGGAAGAGUUAGAGGAGUCUCGCCGCAAGUGUCCACCAUGCUGGAACCGCCUCGCCCAGCGCUACCUGAUCUGGGAGUGCUGCCCACUAUGGAUGUCCAUCAAGCAGGGAGUGAAGUUGGUGGUCAUGGACCCGUUUGCUGACCUCACCAUCACUAUGUGCAUCGUGCUCAACACACUCUUCAUGGCGCUAGAGCACUACAACAUGACAAGUGAAUUCGAGGAGAUGCUGCAGGUCGGAAACCUGGUCUUCACAGGGAUUUUCACAGCAGAGAUGACCUUCAAGAUCAUUGCUCUCGACCCCUACUACUACUUCCAACAGGGCUGGAACAUCUUCGACAGCAUCAUCGUCAUCCUUAGCCUCAUGGAGCUGGGCCUGUCCCGCAUGAGCAACUUGUCGGUGCUGCGCUCCUUCCGCCUGCUGCGGGUCUUCAAGCUGGCCAAAUCAUGGCCCACCCUGAACACACUGAUCAAGAUCAUCGGGAACUCAGUGGGGGCACUGGGGAACCUGACGCUGGUGCUAGCCAUCAUCGUGUUCAUCUUUGCUGUGGUGGGCAUGCAGCUCUUUGGCAAGAACUACUCAGAGCUGAGGGACAGCGACUCAGGCCUGCUGCCUCGCUGGCACAUGAUGGACUUCUUCCAUGCCUUCCUCAUCAUCUUCCGCAUCCUCUGUGGAGAGUGGAUCGAGACCAUGUGGGACUGCAUGGAGGUGUCUGGGCAGUCAUUGUGCCUGCUGGUCUUCUUGCUUGUUAUGGUCAUUGGCAACCUUGUGGUCCUGAAUCUCUUCCUGGCCUUGCUGCUCAGCUCCUUCAGUGCAGACAACCUCACAGCCCCUGAUGAGGACAGAGAGAUGAACAACCUCCAGCUGGCCCUGGCCCGCAUCCAGCGGGGCCUGCGCUUUGUCAAGCGGACCACCUGGGACUUCUGCUGUGGGCUCCUGCGGCAGCGGCCUCAAAAGCCCGCAGCCCUUGCCGCCCAGGGCCAGCUGCCCAGCUGCAUUGCCACCCCCUACUCCCCACCACCCCCAGAGACAGAGAAGGUGCCUCCCACCCGCAAGGAAACACGGUUUGAGGAAGGCGAGCAGCCGGGUCAGGGCACCCCCAGGGACCCAGAGCCUGUGUGUGUGCCCAUCGCUGUGGCCGAGUCGGACACAGAUGACCAGGAAGAGGAUGAGGAGAACAGCCUGGACACGGAGGAGGAGUCCAGCAAGCAGCAGGAAUCCCAGCCUGUGUCCGCUGGCCCAGAGGCCCCUCCGGAUUCCAGGACCUGGAGCCAGGUGUCAGCGACUGCCUCCUCCGAGGCCGAGGCCAGUGUAUCUCAGGCUGACUGGCAGCAGCAGCGGAAAGCGGAACCCCAGGCCCCAGGGUGUGGUGAGACCCAAGAGGACAGUGGCUCCGAGGGCAGCACAGCAGACAUGACGAACACCGCUGAGCUCCUGGAGCAGAUCCCUGACCUGGGCCAGGAUGUCAAGGAUCCAGAGGACUGCUUCACUGAAGGCUGUGUCCGGCGCUGUCCCUGCUGUGCGGUGGACACCUCGCAGGCCCCAGGGAAGGUCUGGUGGCGGUUGCGCAAGACCUGCUACCACAUCGUGGAGCACAGCUGGUUCGAGACAUUCAUCAUCUUCAUGAUCCUGCUCAGCAGUGGAGCGCUGGCCUUCGAGGACAUCUACCUGGAGGAGCGGAAGACCAUCAAGGUUCUGCUUGAGUAUGCCGACAAGAUGUUCACCUAUGUCUUCGUGCUGGAGAUGCUGCUUAAGUGGGUGGCCUACGGCUUCAAGAAGUACUUCACCAAUGCCUGGUGCUGGCUCGACUUCCUAAUCGUGGAUGUCUCUCUGGUCAGCCUGGUGGCCAAUACCCUGGGCUUUGCCGAGAUGGGCCCCAUCAAGUCGCUGCGGACGCUGCGUGCACUCCGCCCCCUGAGAGCUCUGUCACGAUUUGAGGGCAUGAGGGUGGUGGUCAAUGCCCUGGUGGGCGCCAUCCCGUCCAUCAUGAACGUCCUCCUCGUCUGCCUCAUCUUCUGGCUCAUCUUCAGCAUCAUGGGCGUGAACCUCUUCGCGGGGAAGUUUGGGAGGUGCAUCAACCAGACAGAGGGAGACUUGCCUUUGAACUACACCAUCGUGAACAACAAGAGCCAGUGUGAGUCCCUGAACAUGACCGGAGAAUUGUACUGGACCAAGGUGAAAGUCAACUUUGACAACGUGGGGGCCGGGUACCUGGCCCUUCUGCAGGUGGCAACAUUUAAAGGCUGGAUGGACAUUAUGUAUGCAGCUGUGGACUCCAGGGGGUAUGAAGAGCAGCCCCAGUGGGAAUACAACCUCUACAUGUACAUCUAUUUUGUCAUUUUCAUCAUCUUCGGAUCUUUCUUCACCCUGAACCUCUUUAUCGGUGUCAUCAUUGACAACUUCAACCAACAGAAGAAAAAGUUAGGGGGCCAGGACAUCUUCAUGACAGAGGAGCAGAAGAAGUACUACAAUGCCAUGAAGAAGCUGGGCUCCAAGAAGCCCCAGAAGCCCAUCCCACGGCCCUUGAACAAGUACCAGGGCUUCAUAUUCGACAUUGUGACCAAGCAGGCCUUUGAUGUCACCAUCAUGUUUCUGAUCUGCUUGAAUAUGGUGACCAUGAUGGUGGAGACAGAUGACCAAAGUCCUGAGAAAAUCAACAUCUUGGCCAAGAUCAACCUGCUCUUUGUGGCCAUCUUCACAGGCGAGUGUAUUGUCAAGCUGGCUGCCCUGCGCCACUAUUACUUCACCAACAGCUGGAAUAUCUUCGACUUCGUGGUUGUCAUCCUCUCCAUCGUGGGCACUGUGCUCUCGGACAUCAUCCAGAAGUACUUCUUCUCCCCGACGCUCUUCCGAGUCAUCCGCCUGGCCCGAAUCGGCCGCAUCCUCAGACUUAUCCGAGGGGCCAAGGGGAUCCGCACACUGCUCUUUGCCCUCAUGAUGUCCCUGCCUGCACUCUUCAACAUCGGGCUGCUGCUCUUCCUCGUCAUGUUCAUCUACUCCAUCUUUGGCAUGGCCAACUUCGCUUAUGUCAAGUGGGAGGCUGGCAUCGACGACAUGUUCAACUUCCAGACCUUCGCCAACAGCAUGCUCUGCCUCUUCCAGAUCACCACGUCAGCCGGCUGGGAUGGCCUCCUCAGCCCCAUCCUCAACACUGGGCCCCCCUACUGUGAUCCCACUCUGCCAAACAGCAAUGGCUCUCGGGGGGACUGUGGGAGCCCAGCCGUGGGCAUCCUCUUCUUCACCACCUACAUCAUCAUCUCCUUCCUCAUCGUGGUCAACAUGUACAUUGCCAUCAUCCUGGAGAACUUCAGUGUGGCCACGGAGGAGAGCACCGAGCCCCUGAGUGAGGACGACUUCGACAUGUUCUAUGAGAUCUGGGAGAAGUUUGACCCAGAGGCCACUCAGUUUAUUGAGUAUUCGGUCCUGUCUGACUUUGCCGAUGCCUUGUCUGAGCCACUCCGUAUCGCCAAGCCCAACCAGAUGAGCCUCAUCAACAUGGACCUGCCCAUGGUGAGUGGGGACCGCAUCCAUUGCAUGGACAUCCUCUUUGCCUUCACCAAAAGGGUUCUGGGGGAGUCUGGGGAGAUGGACGCCCUGAAGAUCCAGAUGGAGGAGAAGUUCAUGGCAGCCAACCCAUCCAAGAUCUCCUAUGAGCCUAUCACCACCACACUCCGGCGCAAGCACGAGGAGGUGUCAGCCAUGGUUAUCCAGAGGGCCUUCCGCAGGCACCUGCUGCAGCGCUCUGUGAAGCAUGCCUCCUUCCUCUUCCGUCAGCAGACGGGCAGCGGCCUCUCCGAAGAGGAUGCCCCUGAGCGAGAGGGCCUCAUCGCCUAUGUGAUGAAUGAGAACUUCUCCCGGCCCCUUGGCCCACCCUCCAGCUCCUCCAUCUCCUCCACUUCCUUCCCACCCUCCUAUGACAGUGUCACUAGAGCCACCAGCGAUAACAUCCAGGUGCCGGGUUCUGACUACAGCCACAGCGAAGAUGUCGCCGACUUCCCCCCGUCUCUGGACAGGGACCGUGAGUCCAUCGUGUGAGCCUCGGCCUGGACACAUCGUGUGAGCUGGCCAGGACACACCAAAAAGCAGCCUUUUGCACCGCGGCAAACCCAAAUGCAGUCAGUCACAAACAGCCUGGGGCCUUCCUGGCUUUGGGAGUAAGAAAUGGGCCUCGGCCCCGUGGAUCAACCAGGCAGAGUUCUGUGGUGCUGCGUGGACAGCCGGAGCAGUUGGCCUGUGCCUGGAGGCCUCAGACAGACCUGUGACCUGGUCUGGUCAGGCAAUGCCCUGGGGCUCUGGACAGCAACUUCAUCCCAGCUGCUGAGGCGAAAUAUAAAAUUGAGACUGUAUAUGUUGUGAAUGGGCUUUCAUAAAUUUAUUAUAUUUGAUAUUUUUUUACUUGAGCAAAGAGCUAAAGAUUUUUCCAUGGACAUGAGCAGCAAUUCACGCUGUCUCUUCUUAACCCUGAACAAGAGUGUCUGUGGAGCAGCCGGAACUCUGUUCUCAAAGCAGAAGUGGAAUCCAGUGUGGCUCCCACAGGUCUUCAUUGCCCAGGGGUCGAAUGAGGUCCCCCUCCCACUUGACCUGAGAUGCUGGGAGGCUGAACCCCCCCACUCACACAAGCACACACACACAGUCCUCACACAUGGAGGCCAGACACAGGCCAUGGGACCCAGACUCCCACUCUAAGGGAGACAGGCCUUUCCCUGCCGGCCCCCCAAAGAUGGGUCUCUUGUCCGUGGGGCUCACUCUGGCUUUCUGUUGUCUCCAAGGUCCCAUUUUCCUCCUGCGUUUUCACGCAGGUCAUAUUGUCAGUCCUACAAAAAUAAAAGGCUUCCAGAGGAGAGUGGCCUGGGUACCAGGGCUGGCCCUAGGCACUGAUAGUUGCCUUUUCUUCCCCUCCCGUAAGAGUAUUAACCAUAAAACCAAAGGGCACAAGGGUGCCAGCCCCACUCACAGCCUGGUAUACAGCUUGUCCUUGCUGCUGGAACCUGGCAGGCCCUGCCCACCAGUCCAAGGGAAGAGAAGGCUAAGCCAUGUGGGUUUGGGGCUAAGAAGUUCACCAGCCCUGAGCCAUGGUGGCCCCUCAGCCUACCUGAAGAGAGAAAAUUGGCCAUCUCCCAGGGCUCUCUGGACCAUGUGCGGAGGAGUUUUCUGUGUGGUCCCCAGCUCCCCUCCAGACACAGAGACGUGGGAGCGGGGAGGGGAGCUUGGCCCUGUGCCCUCUGCAGGGAAAGGGAUGGUCAGGCCCAGUUCUCGUGUCCUGAGAGGGGAAUGAAACAUGGCUCCUCUGAGAGAGGGGCACUGUGGUCAGGCCCCGCCUCUCUGGCUCAGCCCGGGAUCCUGAUGGCACCACACACAGGACCUAUUUGGGACAAGGUCCAGGUGGUCCUCUAGGUCUUGUGAAAAGGCUUUUUCAGGGAAAAAUAUCUUACUAGUCCAAUCACCCCUAGGACCUCUUCAGCUGCUGACAAUCCUAUUUAGCAUAUGCAAAUCUUUUAACAUAGAGAACUGUCACCCUGGGGUGACAGGGUCAACUGGCGGAGCCUGAGCAGGCAGGGGCUUGGCUGCCCCAUUCCAGCUCUCCCACAGGGCCCCUCCAUCAGGCCCAUGCCUCCCGGGCCACCUCAGUCUCACCUGCCCGCUCUGGGCUGGCUGCUCCUAACCUACCUCGCCGAGCUGUCGGAGGGCUGGACAUUUGUGGCAGUGCUGAAGGGGGGCAUUGCCGGCGAGUAAAGUAUUAUGUUUCUUCUUGUCACCCCAGUUCCCUUGGUGGCAACCCCAGACCCGACCCACGCCCCCGACAGAUCUAGUUCUCUUCUCCUGUGUUCCCUUUGAGUCCAGUGUGGGGCAUGGUUUAACUGUCCCAGCGACGUUUCUCCAAGUGGAAAUCCUAUUUUUGUAGAUCUCUGUGCUUUGCUCUCAAGGUUUGGAGAGGUGUGUGCCCCUGCUGGGCGCUCACCGCCCGCUGCACAGGCAAGAAUGCGGUUGGGAGGCAGGCCAGGCUGCCAGCCCAGCUGGCCGGAAGGAGACUGUGGUUUUAUGUGUGUGGACAGCCCGUGAGCCUUGAGACAGGUGCCUGGGGCUGGCUGCAGACGGUGUGGCUGGGGGCGGGGGUGAGCCGGACCCAACCCUUAGCUUUUAGCCUGGCUGUCACUUUUUUGAUUUCCAGAACUGCACGAUGAUCAGCAGGAGGGGAAAAGAGAGUAGGAAAAAGGAGGGAAAGACAGACAUCAAGUGCCAGAUAUUGUCUGAAUUAAUAGAGCACUUCUCACCAAACUUCAUGUAUAAAUAAAAUACAUAUUUUUAAAACAAACCAAUAAAUGGCUUACAUGA